GAGAAGCGGAAGCACGCCCGCCCAGGGACCAGCUGAUGGAUCAGUCUGCUGCGCUGUAGCCCAGGGCUGCUGAAGUCUGUCUCUCUGCGUAAAGCGCGCAGGGUAACACAGGCGAUAUGGGCUCUACCUGACAGCCUACAGAGUCGAGCUGAGCCGCCCCGCCGGGCUAGUCGGUACCGGUCAGGUGCGCCGUGAGCUCCGCUGGUUUCAGAGCGGUCAGGAGACGCCGGGGUUAAUUUUGUAAGGGAAUAAACCUAUUGCUUGUUCCAGUUUAGUUUUCACUACGCGGGCUGAGAGGUGUCUCGGCAGUGUUUGCACUCAGUUGUCAACUCCACGGAGGGUCCGGGGCGCCCUGACGGAUCAGUCCCAGGCGGGCCCCCCGGGUGGCGCCGCUGUGCCGCAGGCCGUCGCCCCUGAGCCCGGGCCAGAUGCCCCUGGAGGGCCGUGGGGAGGCUGUGCCCGCAGGGGGCAUGGCUCUCGCAGACCAGGACUGCCACCGGCGCUUCCAGACCGCGGUCUGCGUCAUCCAGAACCUGCCCAAGACCGGCUGCUACAAGCCCUCCUAUGACGUGAUGCUCCGGCUGUACGGCCUCUACAAGCAGGCGACCUGUGGCCCCUGCAGGCUGCCUCGUCCCGGGUUCUGGGACCCCGUCGGCCGCUACAAAUGGGACUCCUGGAAGCGCCUGGGAAACAUGUCUCACAGCGCAGCCAUGACAGCCUACGUUGAUGAGAUAAAGAGAGUGGCACAGGAGGUGAUUGACACCAUGCCCGUGACGGAGAAGACGGCAGCCCUGUUCCACUACUUCAAGCCUCUCUACCACGUCAUCCACGACAUGCCCCAGCUCCCCGAGGCGCUGCAGAGCCUGAGGGCAGGGCUGGAGCGGACGGACACGGACAGCGGCGCGAGUCUCGAGCUGAGCCAGGAGCUGCAGAGCCUGGGGAACGGUGAGCUUCGUCCUGCGUGGGACACGGUGCGGACGAGCGGCUGUCAGGGGGAGGUUUCUGGGAAACGCAUCACAGCAGGGGUGGUGCUGGAGGGCCCUCGGGUGUCCAGUGACUCGGAGGGAGAGGUCUUCUGUGACUCGCUGGAACGCCUGGACCACGAUAAGUGCGACCAAUGGCUGAAUGGUCUUGGUUCUGACCACACCCCCGUUGCUGAGGCAACCCAGAUGGGACUGGGCCAAGGCGGAGAAAGGGGACAGAGGAUGAGGAGGAGGGGUUCCCCCAGGGCAGUACGAGAAGGACGCAGAGAGGAGACACGCUCCAGGGACCGGGGUGACGUCCCCCGCGCGGGGCGGGCGCUGGCGGGGGGCGCGGGGGCAGGGGGCAGGGGCGGCGAGGAGGGAGGCCCGGGGGUCGGCCAGGGGGCCGCGGUGCAGGAGCACAUUGCCCUGGCGCUGCGGAGACUGCAGGAGGACAUGCGCCACCUACUGGAGCGGCUGGAGACGCUGGAGAGGCUGACGCCCGCGCAGGAACGGGAGCCAGGCUGGAGACCUGCAGCGCGAGACGUCACUCCUGCGGAAAAGGGGCCCUGGUAUGGGGCGUUCGGUGUGUCUGGGCGCACUCUUCUCUUCCUGCUCCUCUGGCCCUUUCUGGCCCAGGGCCUGGCCAGCCUGCUGUGGCACAGACACAGGAAGGUCCGGAAGGCCGCGUGACAGACCCACGGGUCGGGGAUCCGGUGCCACUGCAUCUCCUGCCAUCACAGCACUGGUCGAGCCGAGUGCCUGACCCAGACCGGAAGACCAACACCGGCUACAGAUUGCUUAGAACCAGUCGUGCCAGCACGCCGCACGACAGAGUGGGGCUCCUCCACCUUAGACACUAGUAUCCCAUCAUCCUCCAGCGCUGAAGAGUCCAGAGAGGAAUGGAUGCGAGGGGUCCACAAGGACUGAGGGGUCCACUGGCAUCCUGGAUUGCUGUUGAGCACUGAGCAAAUACACCAGUAAAUUCUGUGUCAGGGGAACUAAAUCUAGGAGCACCUCAUAAUGCAGAGAUAAUAACAUCUCUAAUUAUUAACUAACUAUUACUCAACAGCUCUGUUAUCUACGGCCCAAUGAGCUCUCUUUCUUAUAUUUGGGGUUUCUGGUUUGUGUGAAUGUUUUCUGUUUCCAUAUUUCCCCUUUGUAUGCUAAGCACUAUGUUUCAAGUUGAGUGUAAUGAACAGACAGGGAAGCAUUUCAGUGUUACGCCACAGAGCUGACCUAAUGGGGAGAAAAGGAGCAGUGACACAACUGUGACUUCUGUCCCCCUUCCCCCCAUGAGGUUAACGAGUUCCUUUCAAAAAACUACGUGAAAACAGCACCUAUUAUCUUGGAAACAUCUAAGAAGAAGAAACAAAGAGAGUCACACAAGAACAUGCAGUUUUGUUUUUCCUUUUAGUGUUGCCAGAAUCACUAAAGAUUCAAGUAGCUGUCCCUUAUCUGAGGGGGCGUGGCUGCUUCUCAGUAAGGAGGUGCUUCAGUUCCAGUGCCACUGGUGCCUUCAGGUGCAGCGCAGCGUGACUCUGAGGUCACUGCAGCCCGUUCAGUGAAACAGAUCUGGGAGGGGCUCGUGGGCGAUACCAGGGGGUCGAUGUGGACCCGGAUUCAGUGCCUUUCAGCUCUUGGGUGAGGGGUGAACCGAAGGGCUGCUUAACAUCAAGAAGCUUAAACCGGCUUUAGCCCUGUUAAUCAAUUACAUAGAUCCAAGAUAAUGGAGACUCCUUUGUGUCCUCGUUAUUGUUGUUAAAAAAAGCUUGCUGACCCUGUUCCCAGAGUCAACUGAAAAGGGUUACAAAAUAUUUUCUCAGUGCAAUAAGAACAGUUAUGAUUUUGAGAAAGGUAAGAUGUACAAAGUUCAGUGUUUUGACAUGCUGCAGGAAUGCAACGCUGAUCAAGUGAGUGGGAUGGAAUGUAAAUGGAGACACGUACAGUAUAUGAAGCAGGAAGGCGUUUCUAAUGAAUUACCUCUUGACACUUGAAUGAUCUGUAUGCAAACAGAGAGUAACACUGAGAUCAGACUGUUCCUGUCUGUGGCUGAGAAAAGAUUCACAGAUAAAACAAGAUGUGCAAAAUUAUAUUUGGUGUGGGGGGGUGUAUGGUGAUUAGAAAGUUUUAAAGAUAUUAAAAAUAUAUUACAUCAGUA